CGAGGCAGGUGCUUGGGGAAGGAGGGGGCGCCGAGGCCUUGGGGGGCCCGGGAAGGGGAGCCCCUUCCCCUGGAGUCAGACGACCCUGAAGUGCACACCAAAGCGAACCCCAUCUUCCACCACUGGCAGCUGGAAGACCACAAGUUUGGCCUGACUUUCCAGAGCCCAGCAGACACUGACGCUUUCCAGAGAAGCAUGCAGACUGCCCUAUCAGAGCUGGUCCAAGGCUCUCACUCCUCACCCUCUUCCUCUUCUUCCAACACCUCCCAGGAGCCCCCAGAUGUCCUCUACAUCCACAAGACACACCGGAACAGCCAGUCUUCUUCCAGCUCCAUCCGCCAAGAGGCCAGGCCCCCAGAUCCAGCUAUUGUCACUAGCGAGUCGUCUGGUUUGGGCCCUGCCAUGACCUCCCAACGCAGGCCUUCCCCCACACAGAGGCCCCCACAACUCCAGCAACUUCAGCCCUUCCCGGUCAGGCUGGAGGCCCCAGGAACGAUGGCAGGCUGGGUGGGCCGAGGCUACGAAGAUUAUCGGAGAGCUGGCCCGCCCCCUGUGCCCCUGGCUGUGUCCUGCCUGAUGCGCUUCGACAAAGCCGGCAGCAUGUCGCCCCCUGGCCAGGCCGUGAGCCCCACAGUGCCAAGGACCCAGGCGUCCCCACCCCCGCCGCCCCCAACUCCGACUCCGGCCCAGCUCCUGGCCAAGGGCUCACCAUCUUGCCGCGUAACCGCAGGCUUCGCGGAAGAGGCGUCAGCUGCAGACGCGGUGCGCUGUGUGCACUGCCGGGCCCUGUUCCGCCGAGGCUCGGAGGGACGAGGACGACGCUGCCCAGAGGCCCCGGACCCUGGGGGCCGUCUGGUGCGCCGCCUCAGUUGCCUCUGGUGCGCGGAGAGCCUUCUUUACCACUGCCUGUCAGACGCCGAAGGCGAUUUCUCGGACCCCUGCGCCUGCGAGCCAGGCCACCCGCGCCCAGCUGCUCGCUGGGCGGCCCUGGCCGCGCUCUCCCUUGCAGUGCCCUGCCUUUGCUGCUACCCGCCCUUGCACGCCUGCCACUGGGCCGCGGUACGCUGUGGCUGCCCCGGCUGUGGGGGCCACCACGAGGCGGCCCGGUGAGGGAGGUCUCGGGCCGCGAUGGGGCGGCCCACAAUCCACGGUGCUCUGCCGUUAGAGCCCUGCCCCGGGCAGCCAGAGCGGGGAGCACCAGAGCGCAGACGUGCAAGCUGCAGAGGCCAGCCCUGGGAACCCAUAGCUCGGAUCCCGCCUGGCCUCCAGCCAAGGCUGGCCGCUGGGAUACCAUAGUUGACCCUUACAGUCGCCCCUCAGCAGCUCGUCCCCCCCUUGCUCCCUCGAUCCUCCGAGAGGCAUCUUGUUCUACCCCUUACCCUGGUCUUCCCUCCCAGAAAGCUCAGUGGACAAUGGGGACCGUGAUAGCCUGCUGCUGCCCACCCAGCGCCUCCUUCCCCCACCUCUGGGGACAUCCCUUCUGACUCUCCCCAAGGCCUUACUCCUCUGAACUGAAGAACUCUCUCUGACCCCCAGACUGUGGCCCCUCCGCAAACAGCUGAGGGAGAGGAAGGGCGUCUGCUGAAACGUUGGGACUGAAGCCUCUCCCUCCCCUCUUCCUCCCCACUCUUCCGGGUUCCAGAGCCUCCCAAGAUCCAGGCACUAAAGGGAGAGAGACUGCCUCAGUCAGGGUUGGGAAGGCCUGCCCAACCCAACAGCCACGGCUCUCUCUGUCCCAGGGCCGGGCCUUAUUGCUGCAGACAUCUGGGUGGAGAGGGUCCGGAGGAGAAGCUCUGGCCGCGCUCUCUCCUUCCAUCCCUCCCAAAGUUUGGGCUCAGACCUUGGCCCCGCCCCAUCCCAGCACCUUUGCCCAUACUUUAAAUUAAUGAUCUAUCCUUCCCUGAUUGGCCCAGAGUAUCUGUGGAUCUGACUCCUCUUCGGGGCCAUUGGGAGGGAGGGGGGAGGGAGGGAGAGCCCGGGAAACAGGGACCCCUGAGUCCCAUCUCUCCCCACCACCUUUCUCCUUCUCUGUGCCUAGCUCUCCUCUUGCUGUGGAGAGGGGAAAAUUUCUAGACUUCACCUACCUCGUUUUUAAGGGGGGUUGGGGCGGGGGAAAGAAGAGGGUGUGUGUGCUGUAGGGUGCUCUGGGAUCUACUUAUGAGGACAGGUGGGACCCUCUCUUUGCCCUGGAGCUCCCCAGGCCUCAGUUCCCCGCCUUAACCCACCUGUCAUCCAUGUCCCUCCCACCCCAUCCAGGCUUAAGCAGACUUGGGACCCCGAGACAGUGGGUCAAAAUCCUCUCCUCUGUCCAGACCUGAGACCUUCCCCAUUACUAUCUCCCUGCGCCAGGAAUGGGGGAGCCAAGCCUGGACCCCUCUUCUCUGAUCUGUCACCUUUUAUGUGGGACAAGGCUAUGGAGCAAGAGGAGGGUGUUAUGGUUAUCUUCUUCCCUGACCUCAGCCUCCCCCCCUCCCCCAGAAACUGAAGAAAACCAGAGGGAGAUUCAAGAUAAUGUUUGUUGUCAAUUCA